GUUUGGUGCUCCUCAAUUAUCCCUCCCCGUGAAGAUAGGUGGCGUGUGUUUCAGGGUCUCUCUCCUCUGUAUUACAGAAAAGAAAAAAGAAAAAAAUGUCAUUAGAAGAGGCGUAACACGUCAGUCCGUCCCCAGGUUUGUGUUUCCUGGAGUGGCUGAAAGAGAUCAGUCCUAACCUGCCCGGCAGGAAUAACGGUCCUUCUUCCAACUCUUUCCAAGGUUUAUUAUCAUUCUGAAAGGAUCUCCGUUUUAAAGAAACAAUUCCUCACGCUUCAUUCUUUUUUUCUUCUUCAGUCGAACUCUUUCAAAAGGCACAGACAAAAUUGCAGAUAUUGAGUCUGCGUGCUGCUGAUUCAGGGAGUCGAGUCCAUGCGAACUGCCAUCUGAUCCACUCUUAUCAAUGAAGCAGCAGAUCAUGGCGGAUGGCCCCAGGUGUAAGAGGCGAAAACAAGCCAACCCAAGAAGAAAAAACGAGGGCAUUACCCAGCCUGAACUUGCCUAAACCCUUGUGGUCACACCUCUUGAAAAGGUUUUGUUUCCCCCGUCAAUUGGUAUUCAAACCAGUACUGAACUAUGAAAAUGUUGUCGAGACUGGCUCAGAAACAGACGAUGAUGAUAAGCUACACAUUGCAGAAGAAGAUGGUCUCCUUAAUAGCUUGGACCGAGAAGGCAGUCCAGUAAGCAUGCCCAACCAUGACACUUCCCCAUGUCUGAGCCAAGCACUGCUACACAAGGAAGAUGAGGAGGAUGAGUUGAGAGAUGUCAGGGUAGACCGCACCUGGCAGAACAACGGCAUGCUGCAAGCCUCAGUCGAUGGUACUGAUGACAUGAAGGAUGAUUAUGACACUAUGGGGCCUGAAGCCACACUUCAGACCACUGGAAACAAUGGUACUGUUAAGAAUGUUGAUUGCACUUCAGAAUUUGAGGAGUAUUUUGCCAAAGGGAAGCUGGAUGAGGGAGAGAGCCAUGUGGUCAGUAUUGCUGAAUACCUGCAGCGAGGUGACACGGCCAUCAUUUACCCAGAAGCUCCUGAGGAAUUAUCCCGCCUUGGCACGCCAGAGGCAAAUGGACAGGAUGAAAAUGACCUACCACCUGGAACUCCAGAUGCUUUUGCCCAACUGCUGACCUGCCCCUACUGUGACCGAGGCUACAAGCGCUUGACAUCACUCAAAGAGCACAUCAAGUACCGCCACGAAAAGAACGAGGAAAACUUUGCCUGCCCUCUGUGCAACUAUACGUUUGCUUACCGCACCCAGCUUGAGCGACAUAUGGCCACACACAAGCCUGGGAGAGAUCAGCACCAACUGCUGAACCAGGGAGCUGGCAAUCGCAAGUUCAAAUGCACAGAAUGUGGCAAGGCCUUCAAAUAUAAACACCAUCUGAAAGAACACCUGCGGAUUCACAGUGGUGAAAAGCCAUAUGAGUGUCCAAACUGCAAGAAGCGCUUUUCUCAUUCUGGCUCUUACAGUUCACACAUCAGCAGCAAAAAAUGUAUUGGCUUGAUAUCAGCAAAUGGAAGGAUGCGAAGCAGUAUAAAGACAGGUUCUUCUCCCACUUCAGCAUCAUCUUCACCCACCAACGCAGCUAUUACACAACUCAGACAUAAGCUGGAGAAUGGCAAGCCACUUGGCUUACCAGAACAGCCAAGUCUACUCAAAAUUAAAACAGAACCACUAGAUUUCAAUGACUAUAAACUCAUGAUGGCCUCCCAUGGGUUUGGAGGACCUGGCCCUUUUAUGAAUGGAGGAAUUGGAGCCGGCAGUCCUUUGGGGGUCCACGCAUCAUCUCCGAGUCCAAUGCAACACUUGGGCUUAGGAAUGGAUGCACAGCUACUGGGCUUUCCUGGUAUUGGGAGCAAUCUGAGUGAAGUACAGAAAGUUCUUCAAAUUGUGGACAAUACAGUAUGCAGGCAGAAAAUGGACUGUAAACCUGAUGAGAUUUCAAAACUAAAGGGUUAUAUGAAGGAACUUGUAUCUCAAAAUGAGGAACAAGGGCAAGGUGUAACUUCCCCUGGUGCUCCACCAGUUGGUCUUCCAGUUGUCAGCCACAAUGGUGCCACUAAAAGUAUUAUUGACUACACACUAGAAAAGGUCAAUGAAGCCAAAGCUUGCCUCCAGAGCUUGACCACAGACUCAAAGAGACAACUUAGCAAUAUUAAAAAAGAGAAGGUAAAUCAUAUAUUAGACUUAGGUACGGAAGAUAAAGUGCACGAGAACAAUGUAUUCACUCCUUUCUCUUGUCAGUACUGCAAGGAGACCUUUCCAGGUCCCAUUCCUUUACAUCAGCAUGAACGCUAUCUGUGUAAAAUGAAUGAGGAGAUAAAAGCAGUCCUACAGCCCAAUGAGAACGUUACGCCCAAUAAGCCUGGCUUAUUUGGAGAGAAACAUGCCCUUUUGCUUUCUUCCAUGCUGUCGGAAAAAGGAGUCACAAGCCCUAUUAACCCUUUCAAGGACCACAUGUCUGUGCUCAAAGCAUAUUUUGCCAUGAACAUGGAACCUAAUUCAGAGGAACUACUGAAGAUUUCCAUUGCUGUUGGCCUCCCUCAGGAAUUUGUGAAAGAUUGGUUUGAGCAACGAAAAUUUUACCAUUAUGGUAAUUCCAGAACUCCACCACUGGACCGGAACAAUAUAGAGGUGGUGCUGGCAACCACCAACACUCCCACUAAAGACUCUAUGCCAGCCAGGUCGCCGAUAUCAUUAAUAAAGCCUAUGGACCGUAUUACAUCCCCGUCCAUAGCUGAACUCCAUAACAAUGUUAAUAAUUGUGACACUCCUCUCAGGCUUACAAAAACAUCACAGUUUACUGGUGGUAAACAAAUUGGUGAAAAGUUGGACCACUCAAGGAGCAAUACUCCUUCACCUUUAAAUCUUUCCUCCACAUCUUCUAAAAACUCCCAUAGCAGCUCGUACACUCCAAACAGCUUCACUUCAGAGGAACUCCAGGCAGAGCCUUUGGACUUGUCUUUGCCAAAGCAAAUUAAAGAACGUAAAAGUAUUACAACUGUAAAAAACAAAACAAAACCUAUGAAUAUUAACAUUGACCACAAUAGUAUUUCCUUACCAUCUGAGCACUCAGAGGAGCCUUUGAACUUGGCUUAUCUCAAAAAGGAAUAUUCGGGUUCAAACAACAACCUUGACAAAAGCACUAAUCAGAUGUUCAGUUUAAACCCGUUUAGUGCCAAACCUUUGUACACAUCACUUCCUCCUCAAAGUGCAUUUCCCCCAGCCACUUUCAUGCCUCCAGUUCAGGCAAGCAUCCCAGGGUUGAGGCCAUACCCAGGGCUGGAUCAAAUGAGCUUCCUACCACACAUGGCCUAUACUUAUGCAACAGGAGCAGCUACUUUUGCAGAAAUGCAGCAAAGGAGAAAGUACCAACGGAAACAAGGCUUUCAGGGGGAGCUGCUAGACGGGACAACAGAUUAUAUGUCAGGACUGGAUGACGUGACAGACUCAGACUCCUGUCUGUCCCGGAAGAAGAUUAAGAAGACAGAAAGUGGUAUGUACGCGUGUGACUUGUGCGACAAAACAUUCCAGAAGAGCAGUUCUCUCCUAAGACACAAAUAUGAACACACAGGUAAACGGCCUCAUCAGUGUCAGAUUUGUAAGAAAGCAUUUAAACAUAAACACCAUCUAAUUGAACAUUCGCGACUGCACUCAGGCGAAAAGCCAUACCAGUGUGAUAAAUGUGGCAAAAGGUUCUCACACUCUGGAUCCUAUUCACAGCACAUGAACCACAGGUAUUCCUACUGCAAGAGGGAAGCAGAAGAAAGAGAGGCUGCUGAGAGAGAGGCCAGGGAAAAGGGUCACUUAGAACCAACAGAGCUGCUGAUGAAUCGCGCCUACUUACAGAGCAUCACUCCUCAGGGGUACUCGGACUCAGAAGAGCGGGAUGGAAUGCUUAGGGAUGGAGACGAGCGUAUGAGAGAGCAUGACAAAGAUGGUGAAGUGGGAUAUGUGAAGAUAGGGAGGCAGGAUGAAGAAUUUGAAGAAGAGGAAGAAGAAAGUGAAAAUAAAAGUAUGGAUACAGAUCCAGAAACAUUAAGAGAUGAUGAAGAGAAUGGAGACCACUCUAUGGAUGAUAGUUCAGUUGAUGGAAAAACAGAAACCAAAUCAGAUCAUGAGGAGGACAAUAUGGAAGAUGGCAUGUAAUGGACUACUGCAUUCUAAGCUUCCUUUAGUUUUUUUUUUUUUUCUUCCCCAGUAGUAUUGUUACCUGCUUGAUUUAAACAAACACACUGCUGUGUUAAGCUGUACAUGCACGUGCCUGAUGCUUCCAGGAAGCUUUUGUUGUUGGACUUAAAGAGGGAGAGGCAGUUCUGCCAACAGAGACAGUGUUGAGAGUUGGAGCUGGGAGAAAAGAAGCUGCAUUAUGCAAAACAAGAAAAAAUACAACAAAAAUAAUUAACUGUACAGUAUUAAGGCCUAAAAAAUGUGUGGUGCUAACAUUCUAAAAACCUUGUGUUUCAUAGUAUUUAUAGCACAAACUAGUAACUUGUAAAAAUUGCACUCCGCUUCUAUAAUCACUACAAAAAUUAUAAUAAUAAAAAAGUAUUGCCUAUGUAUAUUUAUACAGUGUUAAAAGCAGUAGUGUCCCCACUACAUUUCAUCAGUAUUAUUACCUACAGUAGCUAUCACUUAAUGUGUUGUUUAUUGUUUUUGCCCAAUUGUCAGGCCAACUAACCACACAGUUUUAGGCCUCCGAUUUUUCUUUAUAUGAAGGAACUUAAGCAACGCCUGUGUGAUUUUAAGAUAUUAAAGUCUUAAAGCAACUUUGAUAUGAAGAAUAAUGUAAUGCAAAGCAAGAGGGUAAUGUGUGAAAAAUGAAGGAGAAAGCCUUUUGUAAGGUGGUUUUAUAAGAAAAAGCCUUAUAUGCAAACCUUUUAAUCUGUGUGUUUCUGCAAGUGCCAUCCUUGUACAGUGUAAAGGAAGGUGACUCUUGUUACCUUUGCACCAGCUUCAGUGUUACGAAAUAGCUCACCUUGUUCUUUGAAGCACCCAUGUCAGUAUUAGAAAAAUAGGCAGCAGUUCCUUAGUUUACAUAUGUUUGUGCAAUUUUCUGUACUUUUUAUUUUAUUAUUUUUUUCAUUAACUUUUGUCAGUAUUACACCAAACUUUUUCAACAAAAAAUUUGCAUUCAUUUUAUUUUAGGUUAAAUAACAUUUUAUUUAUGUGGCUCAUUUUAUAUUUCCUAAUUUUAUUUAUUUCAUACUGUAGUGUACAGUAUUAUAGUUCUUCAAUAUAUAGAUAUAUUUUAGUAAAAAGGAACAUGGCGUUGAUCAUUGGGGCAAAUUUUACGUAAAGAGAGCAUUUAUUGUGUUUUGAAACAUUAAUUGUGAAAUGCAAAUUUUCAAUUUUAUUAUUUUAUUUUAUUUUUCCAGUUACUGGAAAUUCCAAAUUUGGGAACUUUUGAUACGAUCUUGUGAAAACACUGUAUUUUCGACUGAAAAAUAAAUAAAUUCCACUUUCUUCAUCUUGUUUUUUAGCUAUAAAAUGAAGAGGGACUGUUAAAAUACAAUGUAUGAUACCAUGACAGAAAAAUUCUUUUCCUGAAAUGUCUUUGUAAAAGUAUUAUUGAAUUUUUAAUUUGUAAUUUCUCUUGGAAAUGACCAUGCUCGAAUAAAAGUAGCCAAAUUAAAAACAUGAGGAGUAGUGACUUUCUGAUAAAGUAGCUGACUUUAUUAUAAAAAAUGGUAAAGGCUGCCUUUUGUUUCUGUUUUGUAGCACAUCUGGGGGAAAAGCAAUAUUGCAACUUUUUUUACAUUUUGAUCAGCAUUAAUCAUAAAAGCACCUGUCAGAUUGUCUCUGACAUUCUUUUGAUUUUUUUUUGGCAGAUUUUGAAGUUUUGCUUCCUUAAUUUGGACCUUAUAAAUAUAACCAAUUAACCAAGAACCUUGCACCUAGUGCUAAAAAAUGUCAUGCAUUUCGUAACUUCCAGUACAUUUUAUUAUAUUGUUUAACCACUGCUAAAUGGUGUUUAAAGGUAUAAUGGCUUUGUGAUAUUGCAGGUACUCAAAAUGCUCUAUAAAAACAUACAAGUUUACACAAUUUGAAACAUGCUGCCUAAUGGAUAAUUUCCAAGUCAUUUUUAUAUUUUGGUACAACUGUGCGUACAUUGCAAUAACACUAGUGAAAAUAAUGUAUUGUCCAUUAACAUUCAAAAGUAGAUUGAUUGGUUUACUUUGUAUUGUAGAAGGAUAUUCCUCUUAUAAAAACUAACUGCCUAUUGGUAUGUUAAGUUUAAAACAGAAAAAUUAUAUACCAUCCUUCCUCUAAGGUUUAUGUUAAAGAGCAUAAGAACAGUUGCUUUCCAAAGCAAGGCCAAUGAAAGAGUGUGUUUUAUUUAUGGAUAAUUCAAUUAAUAUUGUCAAUUAAAAAUAUUAUUAUGAAGAUAUUUGUUACCAUAUAAUUCUUACUAGACAGAGUUUUGUAAAGUUUAUAUUUAUAUUUUCAUUAUGUUUAAUCUUGACAGAACCUGAAUGCAUCAGCAGACAUUUGAAGUAAAUUGUCUUAUAAAGCAUUUCUUAAAAACUACAAGCAGUUCCCCUUCUUGUAAGCUUAAAAUAUGCCCUAGAAUUGCAAAUCUCUACCUCCCCCAUGCUGACCUGAUAUCACCAGAAGAGGAAUGCACUUCUUAUACUGCAAUGCAAUUUGUAGCUGGAGUGGGUGUUUUGCAGUCAGCAUUUUUUUAAUAUCUGAUGAUAUUCUGUUUCUUAAGUAGGUCCACCUGGUGACUUCAUAUUUCAGGUUUCCAUGACCUUGAUCAUUUUAAAAAUUACUUGAACUCUACUGCACCACAUUUAAUGUUUUAACCACAAAUUGUAAUUGCCAUAUACCUGUUGGCUGAAUUCAUAAACCCAUAAAUUAGUAACACUGAGCUAUGUAAUGCUAGUAUCUUAUACACAAUACAAAGGUUUUAAGAAUAAAGCUGUAAGGGAAAAAGAAUUAUUAAUAAAUAUUAUACAUGUCCUGCAGUUUACAAAGCUGGAAUGGAAACAAAUGCCACUCAUAAAAUAUAUUGUAAGACAUUAUCAAAGAACUAGUCUAAUUUGUUAAGUAUUAAUGUACUGUUUAAAUGUAAUUGUUAAACAGGACAGAGUAUAUAUUUAUAUAAUGAUUUACAUAUAAUGUAAUUUACUGAUAAAAAAUCUUUUAAUUUGUUACAUGGAAAUCUGUAUAUAGAAGACAUGUAAGAGUAAUAGAUACAUAUUUGUAUUGCCAUUUGUAUACAGCCCAUAAAGAUUUUUAUAGUAAUCAUGUUUAUGGAAAAUAAUUAUUUUAAUCAAAACAAAAACAAAACAACUUUGUUUUACCCUGCAUUUGAGUCUGCAACAUUCCCAGAAAGGAAAUAUAUCCCUCUGCAUGACGAAUGUAAACCUUCCAUGUAGUUUUCCCUCGAGUGUACUAUUCUGAAAAAGAUUUUAAAAUAAUGCAGAUGUUGAAAUUUAACAAAAAUAUUCAUACAUGCUUUUUAAACUGUGAAGCCUUAAAAUUGGAACAUUUCUCUUUAACUAUACUGUUUAUUAAUAUGGACAUAUGAAAGUGUACUUCGGCAUUCAGGAUAAAAUGGCUUUAUGAUUUAAUAUUAAGACAUUAGUCAUGUAUUAAUAUUGCACAGUAACACAUAGCAUUUAAUAGGUAAAAGAUAGAAAUCUGUUAUUGGCAGAUACAGGUUUUUAUUUUAAUUUCUUAUAUAUUGAAUUGAUCAGCCUUAUUAGAAAUAUAGUUAAGAUCGACUGAUUAGUAUAGUAAAAAAUUAUGAAACAUUAUCGCAUUAACUUAAAUCCAUUUUUGAAACACCCAAAACCCUGAGUAGGCAGGUUCAGAAGAUUAAUGGAUGGAAGGAUGGAUGUUUUGAAAUGUUUUGUUAUAAGGCUGUGAUAAAAUCCUGAAUGAUAUGUGAGUAAAUCUAAGUGUUUCAGUUUUAGUAACACUUUCCAACUUGUAUUAAUAUACAUCUAUGCCAUAUACAUUAAAAUUAUAUUAUUAAGCCAUUAAAAUUUGAGAAUAUAUUCAGGCAAACUCAACCUGUAGCAAAUAUUAUUUUAAUGUUUCAAGCAAUAAAGUAAUUACAUCACAUUAGUAAUAUCAGUUGAAUUAUUUGAUGUUAAAGGUUUAAUGAAUAACUUAACUAUUUCAAAACCACCUGUAUUUUUCUGUCUAUUUUGUCAUAUUUGUAUGCACUAUUUGAGAUUCAUUUUAUUUUUUUACACUAUUAUUUUAUUUUUGUCCCUGUACUCUUAGUACGUUUUGACAAAAUUAAAUUAACACAAACCAUCCUCUGUACCUAAAUUUCAGGUCUUGGGCUUGUAAAUAGUUUAUUUUUUGUGUACAUUUUGUCAUUAUUUUUAAUAAAAAAGUGACUCCUCUUUUUUGCACUUUCAUACAAACAGGAUAUACGCUGAAAAUGUGUUUGAUUUCUGAAUAAUUAACUUCUGGAAAUUUUUAAUCAAAUGCCAUAUACAAGGCAGAGUGUUAGUACAGUACUUUAAGCAUUACAAUGUAUAAUUUGUCUCAGUGAAGCAGUACAAUGUCAAACAAUGUCAUAUUUUGAAAGCAUAUCCUUUUUGCACAUGAAAACUGAUUAUGUACUUUUUUAUUCCAUAUCUGUCUGUUAUUUUAUAUUAUAUGAAUAAACUAAAACUUUACGGGUUCUAAUAUAUAUUCCUAUUGUGAUGAAUAGCAAAGACUGGCUUCUCUUGUUUCCUAUAUACAUUUUUAUACUUACAAUGCAGUUCAUUUUACAGCAUUUUUUUUCGAGGAAGUAAUUGGCCCAAUAGAAUGACCUGUAUCUAAUGGAGAAAAAUACAAAAAACAAUAAUGGGAUAAAUAUUAUAAAUUAUGUACUUGCGCCAUCUAGAACCCAGCAGCCUUUGGACAAGCUGUUCCUAUGAAAUAGCAGCCAGUUUUAUAAGGAUUGCAAAUUGAAAUGGUGUCUUGUUGGUUAAGAUUUUGGUCCAAUUCUACGCUAGGUUCUGAGGUGAUGGAUUAUCUUACAAGAAGUGGCCUGUUCUGCAGGAAGUUACUUUUCUAGUGUUUGAUACUUCUGAUUUUUGCAACAGAACGUUAACCACUUUUGAAUUACAUCUACGGAUCAAACUAAUAGCACCUACAUUCAUUAUUCUAAGUGAUUUUCAUUACAAAACCAAGACACAUCCUCAUCAUUUGCUGUUCUCAAGAUAAUUAUGAUUUCCUUUAGUUUCAGAACAUAAAGAUUCUUAACUUGUAAAGCCCAAAGUAAGGUUUUUUAUAUGUCUUGUUAAUUGCAAACAACAAAUAAAUUUGUUCAACAGAUAAAAUAUAUUUAAUAUUGCAGUGUUUGACUUACUGGUACCACCAAAGAUAUUAGUACAUUUUGGUCUAAAAUGGAGAAAGAAUGUGUAAUAGUUAAAAAUAUAUAAGCAGAUUGAGUAAUUAUUUGCAUAAUUAGCAUGGGCAUUUACAUUAUUACCAAGUGAAGAUGGAGGUGAUGAUGAGAUUGACUGACAAAUACUGUAAGUGAUGCUGUAUUAUUGCAGAAGUUACACCAAGCCAUAGUGGUAAAGAAGAAGCUAAGUGCUUGAAAGAAACUUCUGAUUUAAUCAUCAUCCUCAUCUAUAGGCAUGAGUUUUGGGUAGCUCAAGUUGAUUGUGAGUGCAUGUCAUUGAAAUGAGGUUCCUGUGGAGGGCUGUUGGGCUUAGUCUCCGACAGAGUGUAAGGAUAUCAGCAAUACAAGAGGAUCUUGGAAUAAAACUGCAGCUUCGUUGGAUCAAUGGGAGCCAACUGGGGUACUUUGGGCAUAUAGUGCCUUCAGGGAGCAUCCCAUGGUGGUGUGUUAGGCAUGUGCCACUGGAGGGAGAGACAGGACACUCUAGAAUAGUGUGUGAGAAUUCUCUGAAAGAAGUUAAAAAAUGCUUCGGGGACAUGAUGGCCUGGUCUCUUCAGUGUGGCAUGUUACAGCAGUGAUCAUAACCAGGAAAA